AUGUCGUCUCCAGUUCCUGCUUUAAUCACGUCCAAAACGCUGCUUCGUCUACCUGUUGGAGGUCCUAUAGGAUCCACUAGAGGAGUUCUCUAUGAACCUGAUGCUUCUGAUGCUUUUCGUCGCAGUCGACACCGUGUCGUCACCUCUCAGGACAAAGACAAUCAGUUACAGGCUGAUACCGGACUUUAUAGUAGCUUGGAAGCCUCUGUGUCGUCCUCCAUUACGCAACGCAGUACGAGAUCAGGGUCUUUAGCACGACAAUCGAACGUGCUACGACCUUUGACGCUCUCUACUACUAUACAACCGUCAAAGAUCAGUCCACCAUCUACUUGUGUGAAGCUUAUUACACCUCAGAUGCAGUUUGCCACGGACUUGUCGAUAAAAUUAGGAUCGUGCCUUGAACUCACCAAUUUUACAGUCGUAGGUGUACUUGGCUUGGAAGGUGUCGGUAAGUCGACCGUGCUUUCUUUACUGGCUCAGAAGGACAAGACGAAUGACAAGAUGUUUUCUACACGGAGUUUGGAAUCGGUAGUACUGGAUCGGCAUGAAACUACUGGAAUUGAUCUUGCUGUCUCGAUGGUUGGAGGAACCGGCCAUCCGACAAUUUUGUUGGACUCGCAACCGCUGCUAAGUAGUUCGAUCCUUGCGGAUGUAUUGGAACGGAAUGAGUCGCAGCGAUUUGGUGCACUCACGCCGGAACAACAAGUGGAGGUUGUGUCGUACCAGAUUGCAGUGUUUCUGUGUGCUAUCUGCCACUAUGUGCUGAUUGUUCAUGACGGGCUGGCUUUUCACAUAUCUGUGAAUGACCUUCUCUGCAAGAUUGAGCAGAAGUUCAAGCAAUGUCGACUGCCGAAUAUAUCUGGCAACAGUCAAAAGCAUACGGCGCAGCUACUUUACGUAGCUAACAAUGUAGCAGAUUCGGAAUUGUUAUACCGUGAGGACGAGCUCUUUUCAGCUCACGAGCGCGCACUCGAGGCAGCUUGGUCACAAGCGUUGGUUCGCGUUCCGUACAAAUUAGCGAGGCACACUGGUUCAGUAAGUGACGAUGCUAGUAUUGUCAACACAGCGUCAUUCGUCCUGCCCCAUUGGCAGCACCAGGUAACACACCGGGAAUCGAAACUAGCUACAUUAUCAUUAACGGCAUCUCCUGCGAGCGGAAACAAGAAGGAGGAGGGCCAGAACAAGGCAAACACACGCGGUUUUGCUUCGAAUAUAUCCACAGACUUUGAUGAUGCCGCAAAAGAGUUUCAGCGAUUCGUGCUGAGUUUACCAAGUUCACCCUCGUUUACAUCACAGUCGACGUCGGUUCCUGCGAUGGCAUCAGGGUCAAAGCCACUACCACCCCCGCAUCCACUCUCGCUCCGUGAAUGGUUAAGCAACGCCUCCCGUGUGUUCGAAGGCGUGCGCAAAGCAAGCUGUUUCACAGCCGAAUGCACUUCUUCGCGUGACCACCACUAA